GAAGGAGGGAAGAAGCAACCCGACUCCGCAGCAGGCGUCCAUCCGGCCCACGCCCCACCCGGGGCAGGGGCCAGGCCCCUCUGACCGAGCGCCACUGCCGCUGUGCCCUUGGGCUACUCCUUUCAAUACCAUGGCCCUUUCUCUGUCCUGCAGCACUGGCUGCAAAAACUAACUUCGGCAGGUGCUUGCUCCUCAUCUCCCAGAUAUGUGAGGAAGAGAAGGAUAAGAAAGCCCUAGAACCCGAUUCCAGUAGGCCUGGGAUUAUCCUGCCACCAGGAGAGAAACCAGGUCACAAUUUGGGUUUGCAGCAAAAAUGCUUUCGGAACAGACAGCAGCCCUGGGGACAGGAUGGGAGUCAAUGCAUGUCCAGCUGGAUGGAGCAGAGCCCCACAUGGAAAGGGGAAGCCAAGAAGAGGGGCUAUGGAGAACAGCACCAGGGCCACUGGAACACCUGUGCUGUGACCUUGAAGAAGAGCCACAGUCCCUUCAGGAAAAGGCUCAGUCGGCUCCCUGGGCUCCCGCCAUUCCCCAGGAGGGGAGCACCGGAGAUUGGGAGAUGGCAGCUGCACUUCUUGCAGCCGGAUCACAGGGCUUGGUAACCAUCAAGGAUGUGUCACUGUGCUUCUCUCAGGAGGAGUGGCGGAGCCUGGACCCUUCUCAGACAGACUUUUAUGGAGAAUAUGUCAUGCAGGAAAACUGUGGGAUAGUGGUCUCUCUAAGAUUUCCAAUUCCAAAGCUGGACAUGCUUUCUCAACUAGAAGGAGGGGAAGAACAAUGGGUCCCUGACCCACAGGACUUAGAAGAGAGGGACAUCCUGAGAGUCACAUAUACAGGAGAUGGAAGUGAGCAUGAGGGGGAUACCCCUGAACUAGAAGCAGAACCUCCCAGAAUGUUAUCUAGUGUGUCUGAAGAUACUGUUCUCUGGAACCCGGAGCAGGAUGAGAGCUGGGAUUCCAUGCCCAGAAACUCCAGAGGAAUGCCCCUAGGCCCACCUUUUCUUCAGGAAGAUAGCUUCUCAAGUCUUCUGAGUAGCACAGAGAUGGACUCCCUGUUAAGACCGCACACAUGUCCCCAAUGUGGGAAACAGUUUGUGUGGGGCUCCCACCUUGCCAGGCACCAGCAGACUCACACUGGGGAGAGGCCCUACAGCUGCCUCAAGUGUGAGAAGAGCUUUGGACGAAGACACCACCUGAUCCGGCACCAGAAAACCCACCUACAUGACAAGCCCAGCAGGUGCUCUGAGUGUGGCAAGAAUUUCCGAUGCAACUCCCAUCUGGCCAGCCACCAGAGAGUGCACGCAGAAGGCAAAUCCUGCAAAAGCCAAGAGGUUGGAGAGAGCCCUGGGGCUAGGAAGCGGCAGCGUGCCCCACCGGUGCCAAAGUGCCACGUGUGCACUGAGUGUGGGAAGAGCUUUGGCCGACGGCACCACCUGGUGAGACACUGGCUGACCCACACCGGGGAGAAGCCCUUCCAGUGCCCUCGCUGUGAGAAGAGCUUUGGCCGGAAACACCACCUGGACAGGCACCUGCUGACCCACCAGGGACAAAGUCCCCGGAGCAGCUGGGACAGAGGGACAUCUGUCUUUUGAAGCCUGUUUCUGCUAUAGCUGUGCUCACAUCUAUCAGCUGGUGCUACCAGGAGUCUCUGCCAGAGCUGCCCCUCUCCUGUCCACAGUGGCCAGGAUCCUUGGCCUUACCCCUAAAGAUGAAGUUCCAGCAUUGGUGAGAGCAUUUCUCACCAGUUCUGUGAGAUACCACAUAAAAUAGUUCUUUGGGCAAAACUUUUGGGAAACAGUGCUUACUACACGGGCUGAAAUUCAGCCUGAGCCGUUCUCAAGGGUAGUGGUACCAGUGUUUAUGGCUGAGGUCCAUUCUGAUUGGUUGGAGCCUGUGCCAUACCAGUUGUUAAAUAUUUCGAGUAUCACCAUUGUAUAUCAUGACUGUUAUAUUCUCUUUAUAUAUAUGUCUAUAUAUGUGUAUAUAUAUGGAGAGAGAGAAAGACCAUGUUGGCAUAUUAAAGGCUCUGAAAAUUUACGCAGUAGAGCAAAUUGUUAAGCCUCUUAAUGCAGUGUUUCCUAACUGUAUUUGACCUCAUUUUUCUUUCUGUCUUACAUCCCACAGAACUGGUGACUCCAUGAAACACUCUAGUGAACACUGGGUUAGAGUAAUGAGGAAAAAGGAAAGAGCCCCCAUAUGUUAUCCAAAUGAAAGCCGAGGGGCAGAUCUCAUUCCUGUGCAGGUCCAUCACCCUCACCUCAGUCAUCCAAAUAUGCAUACAUCCACACCUCUCAUCUCACCUGCCGAAGAAUAGAAACAACAACUUUUCACCCCUUAUUUCUACUCCCUUAUCCUGCACACACAUAUGUCCAGCUGAGAGAUCAUACUAACAUGCUAAGAGAUGGACCUUACAUACCCCCAAGUAAUCCAGACUCACAGAAGAAAAAAACUUUAUCCCCUGGGACAGUCCCCUCUUCUCUUGAUUGUGUCUUUAUGUGUCUGUGUGUGUAUCUGUGUACAGGGUUUUUGAAGAGAGCAUGCAAAGUACAAACUGUAAAGGCUAAAUUUUCUAGGGGUUGUGUUCUGUUCUGGUGUUGAGGGUAGUGGGGAUUGUAUAGGGUUUUUAUUUUGUUUCAAGAUAGGAAGUAAGCAGAGCGCUUAAGAGAACCUUAGUGGAACGAGUUAAGUGAUGGCUUAUGUUGUGGGAGUUGAAGUAUAAAGCCUUCUUGAAUGUCACUGAGAUCAAGACAACUGAAUAUAUAUGUUUAGGUCUGAAUCUUUGGCCCACAGGUUCUUUUUGCUUGGGUAGAGACAGCAAGAAACAUCCUCCAUGAGGUGAGCUGUUCUUGUUGAUUUCAAGCAAGAUGCAUCUAGAGCUCUGUGCUUAGUGGGUUUUGUUUGUUUUUGGUCUUGUUUUAAGUGCUAGGAAACUGGGACAGGAAUCACAGUGCUUACAGGUUGUUGUCAUUACUCUUGUUUGACCUUGAUUGCCUCAACAAGGUGGCAGCGUUUUUCUUGAAGAUCUCAUCUUCCCAGAAACAGAACUUUGGGAGAGAUGGCUGUGGUUUAGCUUUUCAGCUGAUAGGAGGUAAUGAGCUUUCCAUUUGGUUUUUCUCACAAUUCUGGGAACGUGUACACACUAAGAGUCUUAACUCCAGGACUUGCAUAAGUAUUCUAGCAUCUGUUAGUUGGUGAGUUGGUUGUUGUUCCUCUUUAUUGAUGAUGUAUUAGUACUGAUCUUAUAAUUUAAAAAUUAUCUUAGCAGUUUGGAGUUAGGGAGGGAGAGGAGCAAAGGUGAAAGUAGAUAUUUUCUCUUUAACUCUUAGAUUCUGGUUUUUCCUCAACACACUAAUUUUUCAACUAUGGUUGGUGAAAUUAGCCAGAGAGGUAAGAAGGAAGUGAAUGGAAACAAUCUAGUCUAAUAGGAAUUUGGUUAGGAAAAACGGGGUGAACCAUAGCUCCUCAGAGUCCUGGACCCAAAUGGAGCUAAAAAUAGGGUCACUUUGCUGAAUGGGCUUCUUAGAAUGGCUAUGACUUGAUCACCACAGUCCCUGCCAUCCUUCUGCAUCCAAAGCAAUCUUCCAUCUUUGGAAUGCACUUCUCCUGUAUAUGUUCCUAUGAAUAGAGCAAAAUGGCCAACCCUUUGCAGGGCAGCCUUGUCCCAGGUCCUCAGUGGUAAGAGACAGGACCAUUUUAGGGUUAGGAGAUGCCCCAAGGAAUAGGAAAGUAUGACAUUCCAGUGGUAAAACUGGACUAUGCCAUUUCUUUUACCCUCCCUCUAUGCCUCAUUCAUUCAUGCCAAUCAGCUCUAUUAAGCAAUGGUUCAGAACUUGUUUUGGAUCACAGACCCUUUUGAGAAUCUGAUAAAAAUCAGGAACUCGUUUUUGGAAAAAAGAAAAAAACAUUAGCAAUUCGCUCAGUUUUUCAUACACAUUUAGCAGGCUGGGUCCAAGAAGGGGAGUUGCCCCAACCCAGUAUGGUCAUUAGGUAGGUAUUUGUGUCAAGAAUUACAAGGCAAGGGUCACCAAGUAGUUUAAUGAAUAUGUUACCAGAGGCAGUAUGGUAUAAAGAAGAUAGGUUCUGGUCUUUAAUGACCAGAGGGUAUUGCUUACAGUCUGGUUUAUGUUUUUUUUAAAGUUAUGCUGACAAAUCCAGCUCCUCACAAACUUUGUUUUAAAGUUUUGUAGGCGGUGACUCCAUACUCGCAGAUCACACCUCUUAAUAAUCAGAUGUUAACCUCCAGCCUUUGAUCUGUUUUAAUAAUUCUAAGGACAGGAAGUGAAGCCCCUAGGUGUAGGUGCUGUCACAGCGCACAACUGACGGCACAAGGGCCUUCUACAGAAGGGGCAUCCCUUUAGGGCAUUUCUGGUGUACCACUAUCUUCUCUACCUCGAUCCAACACCACUUCCCUUGGAUAAAAAAUAAAAUACACAACAGCCAUUGUGGGUGAAUAGAUUUGAAUGAUUUUCCUACAGGGAUUCAGCUUCAAACUCUCAUCUUUCUCCCAACUCCCUCUGCCACAUGUCCAUCCUAACUGCUUUAAAUAAAAAAUGUCUCUGUGUUCUCUCUGGGCAAAACGGGAAAUAGAGAAAUCCCAUAUAAGGAACCUGUCGCCUUUCUCCCCUUUGUGGAGCCUCUGCUCUAUUCAGGGCCCAAGUAUCUUCUUUUCAUCCCAUCAAAGUAUCUCUAUAAAGAAUCCCUUAAACAGGAGAAUGUGACCCAAAGUGCUAGCUUUACACAGAUCUGUCUACAUUUUAAGUGUUAGUUCUGAUAGUCAAAGUGGAAGAAAAAGCUUUUCUCCUGUUAAAAUUAUGUUAUUAUGCCUGUAGGAAGCUGAAGGAGUGAGAAUCUGGGACAAAAUCCUUCCCUUCCCAGCACUCCUGCAAUCAAGUCACUGUUUUCUAUUUUUGUCAAGGACAAGGUGAGCCCUGACUCAGAACCACAGGUGCCAGACAAUGGGUUCUUUCCAUCUCUGUUUGCAUGGGGGUGAGUGGGGCUGGACAAUAACAGAAAAGUGAAGUCUAUUUCCUUAGACCCCUUCAAGAUCCUGAGCUGGCAAAAUUUCUCUUCCACGUCGUCCUCUACUAGGCCCAGGCUCUCAAAAUGUGUGGUCUUUGGACGAGCAGAAUUAAUAUCACCUGAGAACCCAUUUUAGAAAUGCAAAUUCUCAGGCUCUACCCCAGACAAAUUGAAUCAGAAACUCUGAGGGUGAAGCCCAACAGUCAGUCUUUUGACCUGCCUUCCUGGGUCUCUCAAGUAUGCUAAUGUUUGAGAAUCACUGGCCUAGAGAUUCAAAUUCCAUUUCAAUCAGUGGUACCUCACCCUUUCCAAGUGGGGAGAGAGGGGAUCUUUACACCUGUUAUCAGAUUGAUUUUCUGCAACCUCUCUAGGCUAGUUGCUUUUUGGUUCUGUUCCUCUUGAGUCCCAAGGUCUUCCCUCUCUUCAGUCAGUGAAAGGACUGGCUCUGUCACCAGUUUCAGAAAUCGGUGGGGCAACUACCAAGCUGCUGUGAUUGAUCGGAGCUAGAGCUUCUAAAAUGGGGACUGAGGAUUUGUGGGUCCAGAAAUCUGAAAGGACAAAGAGGAGCAGACACAUCAAAGAAGGGAAAUCCAGCGUAAAACUAAAAAACUGACACCCAAGGAAAUGGUCCUCCUUUGCUAGUUAUGUGGUCCUUUUGCAGGCCUAAUAGUUGCCCUGGAGGCAGGCAGGGUGGGCAUUUAGCUCAGAGGUAGGGAGUAAAACCAACAGUUACAAGCCCUUAAGAACCCAAGUUUUCCAACCUCACGGUGCAUUGGAGAACGAUAAGGUGCUGUGCAAGGAAUUUCUAACCAUGGUUUGGCAACUGGAGCAUUAGGGAACCCCUGGAACACAGGAGGGAACCAGGCUUAUUUAGUGAGAUGUGACUCGAGAGAUUUGAACUCAGACUCUUGACUAGGUAGAAGUUGUAACCAAUUAAGCCAUGGCACCUAUGUCAAAAAUGCAUUCUCCUACUUGGAAGAUUCUCUCCAAUUCAUGCUUCAGGAAGGAAUUGUUACCUCCUCCACCUCCUCUCUUAGGCACACCCAGGAAGACAGGUCAAAACGAAAGUUGCGAACCCACCACCCCUGUGGAGAUCCUCAACGUCAAAACGUUACAGUGAAUCGAAGUCUCUUUGGGAGAGGUGGUCAGCCCCUCUCUCCUAAGGCAGAAAAACAUGGCUGCUGCUUUCUUCAGCCCCAGAGCUCAGGCUCUCUCCCUCUGUCCCUCCCUGUCACCACAUCCACUUUCCCAAUAAGAGGAGCUUUUCCUCCACUCUUAGCUCUUCUCUUUUUCAGUUUGAUUGCUUUGGUUUGGUAUUUUGUUUGUUUGGGAAACACCUGAGGGUGUUUGUUCUUCCCAAUCCUCCUAUCACAGUUCUCUCUCGUCCAGUUUUUUUUUGGUCAGCCUUAAGCCUACUAAGCAGGGUCCAUUCCCUGUACUUCCCACUUUCCUUUCUCAAAUUCUUGGCUAGAGCAGCUCGACUGCCAUCUCACCAUUCUCUCUCUCUCUCUCUCUCUCUCUCUCUCUCUCUCUCAUCCGGACUUGGCCAUGGCUGCUGGUAUUGUCCUAUUCAGGCCCUUUACUUCAUUCCCUACAGGCUCCUCUUCCCUUGAUGUAACUUCCAAAGUGGCUAUUUAUCACUAUUUUGAUAUAUUCAGUCCUUUCCUGCCUCUUGUGGCUCCUGAAAACUAGUCCCAAUUCUACAAGCCAUUUUUUGAGGACUAACUAUGUGCCAGGCACUGGCUGUUCCAAGCCUGGGAAAUUGUGACCACGGUUCCUAUACUCAGCAUGUCCCUCAGCCUAGCCCUCCCUGCCACUGCUUUCCUGCCAUGCCUCCUGACACUGCGCCAAGGUGCUCUUUUCCAGGAAGCUGUGGGGAGGGGGGGUAUAGUAUGUCCACUUGCCAUCCCGCCCAACUGUUCUGUGCCUGCCAGGUUUCUAGCAAUUGUCUAACUUAUUUCCCUCUGAUGGACUUGAACUUCCCACAGGAUACCCUACGGGGUACCUUUGUCUGUACCCUUAGGGAUCUGUAAUACACUCUUUAUGGUCCCUGUCCGUUAAAUAAAGGAUGUAUUGGCUGUGUCACUGA